AUGUCGAAAGACCCCGCAGCGCACGCGUUGGCGUUCCGCGUGAUGCGCCUAUGUCGCCCCGCGCUACAGGCGGAUCUUCCGCUGCGCUGCUCCGCGCACGACCUCUGGCUGGGGGAAGACGACCCUCCGCUCGCCUCUUCCGCGCCCCCGCCCCCCGACGACGCCGUCAGCACCGCCGCCACAGGGCUUGGCGGAGCUGGUCUCAGCGGCGCUGGGGGGGCGCGCGCGAGUGCGGGGGACGGGGGGUCGGGGCGGGGGUUGGGUGUAGUAGGCGCGGCGACGGCGGCGGCGGACAGUGAUAAGUACUUCGCGAGCCGCGUGGAGCUGAGAUCGCCGCUAGACGCGCUAGGGUUGUCAGGCAUGCUGGUGCUGCCACAGUCGUUCGGGUCUAUCCAUCUGGGGGAGACGUUCUGCAGUUACAUCAGCGUUGGUAACCACAGCGACCGCCACGUCAGCAACGUUGUCAUUAAGGCGGAGCUACAGACAGAGCGGCACAGAGUGGUGCUUGCAGACAACUCGAGCAGCCCUCUGGAGCGCAUUCAGGCGGGCGGCAGGCAUGACUUCAUCAUCGAGCAUGACAUCAAGGAGCUGGGGUCGCACACGCUGGUGUGUUCAGCGCACUACAUCGACUUUGGCGAGCACAAGGUGCUGCCGCAGUACUUCAAGUUCAUGGCUGCCAACCCCCUCUCCGUCAAAACCAAGGUGCGCACCAUCCGCGAGAGCACGUUUCUGGAGGCGUGCAUAGAGAACGGCAGCAAGGCAGCGCUGUUCCUCGACCAAGUGCGCUUCGAGCCCACUCCCGCCUGGCAGGUGGCCCAGUUAGAGCCGGAGUUCACAGGCAAGGAGGAGGAAGAGGAGGAGGAUGGAGAGGAGGGCGCCAGGGAGGAGUGGGGAGGCGCAGCAGUGGCAGAUGAGGAGGACGACACAGUCACAGGGGUGGCAUGGAGUGAAGUCAGGUGGUGCCUGCCUUUCCGCUUUGUUGUCGCUCUAAGGGAGCUUUCUUUCACCUUAUACCAGAAGAAAGAGAGAAAGAAAGUUCCUUCAUCACCUCGUUUCCUCCCUCCUUCCGCACCUCGUUUCCUCCCUCGUUUCCUCCUUCCCUCCCUCCCUCCCUCCCUCCCUCCCUCCCUCCCUCCCUCCCUCCCUCCCUCCCUCCCUCCCUCCCUCCUUCCCUCCCUCCCUCCCUCCCUCCCUCCCUCCCUCCCUCCCUCCCUUCUUCCUCCCUCCCUCCCUCCCUCCCUCCCUCCCUCCCUCCCUCCCUCCCCUCCCUCCCUCCCUCCCUCCCUCCCUCCCUCCCUCCCUCCCUCCCUCCCUCCCUCCCUCCCUCCCUCCCUCCCUCCCUCCCUCCCGUCCUCCCUCCCUCCCUCCCUCCCUCCCUCCCUCCCGUCCUCCCUCCCUCCCUCCCUCCCUCCCUCCCUCCCGUCCUCCCUCCCUCCCUCCCUCCCUCCCUCCCUCCCUCCCUCCCUCCCUCCCUCCCUCCCUCCCUCCCUCCCUCCCUCCCUCCCUCCCUCCCUCCCUCCCUCCCUCCCUCCCCGUCCCCAUCUACCCAACCGCAGGGCGCUAUUCAAGCCGGUGGACCUGAUUCGAGCCAACGGCGGGACACGGCACUUCCUCUACCACCUGCACAGAACGCCCCCACCCCCUGCUGCCGCCGAGGGAGGGGGGGCGGGGGAGGGAGGCGGGGGCGUGGCGAAGGUGGAGGGGGGGAACACGCUGGGGCGGCUGGAGAUACUCUGGCGCUCCACACUGGGGGAGCCGGGGCGACUGCAGACCCAGCAGAUACUGGGGAAUGUGAGUGGGGAGCAGGCCCAUAGUGCAGUGCGCAAGGAGGUGGAGUUGAAGCUCCCCAUAGCGCGCAAGGAGGUGGAGUUGAAGCUCGUCAGCCUGCCCAGCAGAAUCGUGCUCGAGCGACCCUUCCUCGUGCACUGUCGAGUGCACAACAACAGCGACCGCCCGCUAGGCCCGCUGCGCAUAGUCAUUGCGCGGGACGAGCCCGUCACUACCACCACCCCCAGAGCCAUUGUUGUCAGCGGCCCCUGGACCAUGACCAUCAUCAGCAUCGCUCCAAACUCGUCAGCGGAUUUCAACCUGUCCAUGGUUGCACUAGCAAGUGGCGUGCACAAGAUAUCAGGGGUGGGGGUUGUGGAUGCACGGGACUCCAAGCCAUACGAUGCACUCACUCCCACCGAGGUUUACGUGGAGCUGCAAUAA